CUCUGUGGUGUAAACUGCAAAGUGGUGUAAAACGUGCAUUUGCGUGCUUAAUUGUAAACAAUUUAUUAAAUUUACAACUAAUACUUAAUCUGUGAAAUAUACCUCUAUGUAAUAAAGACGCCUCUUCAAAAUAGGAUGUAAAUGUAUUUAAUAUAAUUCAUAUUGUUUUUUUCUAUGAUAAAUAAUUUUACGAGAACAUAAUACCUAGGUACUCAGAUUUGUGGUUUAGGGGAGCGAAUAUAUUAUCUUUCAAUAUUAUUAAUUAAUAUCAUAGCUCGUUACCUAAUAAUCAUGCUUGGGUAUACUAACGCAGGAAUACCAGACAAAUCUUGGCAACCACCAGUCGCUAUUUUAGAGACAACAAUGGGGACUAUUAUUUUAGAAAUGUACUGGAAACACACACCAUUGACUUGUAGAAAUUUUAUGGAAUUAGUAAGAAGAGGUUAUUACAAUAAUACAAAAUUUCAUAGAAUAAUAAGAGAUUUUAUGAUACAAGGAGGUGAUCCCACAGGUACAGGGAAGGGUGGGCAAUCAAUUUAUGGACCGCAGUUUAAUGAUGAAAUAACUCCUGAUUUAAAGCACACAGGAGCUGGAAUCUUGUCUAUGGCCAAUGCAGGACCCAAUACAAAUGGUUCUCAGUUUUUUAUUACUUUAGCCCCAACACAGUGGCUGGAUGGGAAACAUACCAUUUUUGGUCGAGUUCAAAGUGGUAUGUCUGUUGUUAAGAGAAUUGGACUAGUAGAAUGUGACAAAAAUGAUUCACCAGUAGACGAUGUUAAAAUAGAAAAGGCAUAUAUACCAAAAUAGUUUCAAUAUAAUAAUUCAUUCGG